GCAUUAGGCUUCACCCACAGCUGUACGUGUAAGGGGUUCAAUAAGCAACGCAAAGUGUAUAGAGUAUCUAAAAGUUUACUUAGUAUUGUGGCGCGAUUGCCUACUUCAUCAUUCAUGUUAAUUUUUAACGUGAAUAUUUGAUUGUGUUGUUUGAAGGAUGUAUUCCAUUAUCUUCAAACAAGAACAAGCUCAUGAUGACAGCAUUUGGAGUUGUGCUUGGGCCAGAAAUGAGAAGGAUGGAAGAAAUCAUAUUGUUACUGGGUCUGUUGAUGAUCUUGUAAAAUCAUGGGUUUGGACUGAAGAAAGGCUGGAGUUAAGGCAUAAUUUGGAGGGACAUGCUUUGGGUGUGGUAUCUGUUGAUAUCAACCAUGAAGGCACAGUUGCAGCUUCCAGUUCCUUGGAUAGUCACAUCCGGUUGUGGGAUUUAGACUCUGGCCUAGAACUGAAGAAUAUUGAUGCUGGACCUGUUGAUGCAUGGACGGUUACAUUUUCCCCAGACUCUAGAUUUUUAGCUUCUGGAAGCCAUUCUGGAAAAAUUAAUUUGUAUGGUGUUGAAAGUGGAAAAAUGGAGUCUACAUUAGAUACUACAGGGAAAUUUACUCUAAGUAUAGCAUUUAGUCCAGAUGGGAAAUAUAUUGCUAGUGGAGCCAUUGAUGGAAUUAUCAAGGUCUUUGAUAUUUCAACUGGAAAACUAGUGCACACUUUAGAAGGACAUGCCAUGCCAAUUAGGUCACUAACAUUUUCACCUGAUUCCCAGAUGUUAGUGACAGCUUCUGAUGACUGUCAUAUUAAAAUUUAUGAUGUUCAACAUGCAAACCUAGUGGGGACAUUAUCAGGACAUGGGUCAUGGGUCCUAAAUGUGUCAUUCUCUCCAGACAACAUGCAUUUUGUAUCAAGUUCGUCAGAUCAUUCAGUGAAGGUUUGGGACAUUUCUACAAGAGAGUGUGCCCACACAUUUCAAGAGCACACUGACCAAGUAUGGUGUGCCAAAUACAACAGUAAUGGUAGCAGAAUUGUGUCAGUUUCAGAUGACAAAACUAUUGCUAUAUAUGACUGUCCAGUUUGAACUGUUUCAUGUUUUUUGAGUGGUAUUGUGCUUAAUGUGUGAAUGGUCAUUUAAAAUAUGAUUUACCAGAACUAGAGAAUAGUGUAUUAAAUCUAUGUCAAUCCAAGUUGUUGCUUCUGUAACGUAUUUGUUCUUUACUAUAAGGAACCCACAAAUUGUAUUCAAAAACAUCUGCUUCAAGAACAUAAGAAAAAUCAGUUAUAUUUGUAUAUAAGCUAAUAGUCAAAGUUAACAUAAAAAAACUGUGGCAUUGAA